AUGGCACCAAAGCGCAUCCUGGUAAUCGCUGGCUCGGACAGUUCGGGUGGGGCCGGACUAGAAGCGGACCAGAAAGUCAUUGCAGCGCAUGGCUGCUAUGCUAUGACAGCUACGACUGCAUUGACAGCACAGAACACACUUGGCGUACAGGACAUCCAUCACACGCCGCCUGUCUUUGUGCGGAAGCAAAUUGAUGCUGUAUGUGAAGAUGUAGGCGUGGAUGUUGUAAAGACUGUUAGCAAGGGAGAGGAAGAGAGGGAAGUAGUGUUGAAUGUUUUGGUCGGUGAAAGUGGAGUAACCGUACUCGAGGGCGAGUAUUUACGAUCCAGGAAUACGCAUGGGACCGGAUGUUCACUCGCAAGCGCAAUCGCGUGUAACCUUGCUGAGGGAAUGGCUAUGGCCAAGGCUGUGAAGAAAGCAAAUCAGUACAUUGAAGCGGGUAUCAAGACUGCAAUGAACAUUGGCAGUGGAAGUGGGCCGAUCAAUCACUUUCACUCGGUGUACAUGCUGCCAUUCACACCUGGUAACUUCAUCUCGUAUCUGCUGGAUCGCGAAGAGGUCCAAAAGCCAUGGAAAGAGUACACCGAGCAUGAGUUUGUCCAGCGAAUGGGUGAUGGAACAUUGCCUGUGGAGAAGUUCAUGUACUAUCUCGUGCAGGACUACUUGUUCUUGGUGCAGUUCUCACGAGCCACCGCGUUGUCCGCCUACAAAUCAAGCAACCUCAAGGAUAUUGGGAUGAGUGUACAACAAGUCGUCACACUACAAGAAGAGAUCAAACUGCACAUCAAUUUUUGCAAAGACUAUGGCCUCUCUGAAACAGACGUCAUUAACACAGAAGAAGACCAAGCCACUACUGCAUACACCCGCUAUGUCCUCGAUAUCGGCAUGUCCCAAGACUGGCUUGCUCUACAAAUUGCACUGCUUCCUUGCCUCAUAGGGUAUGGUAUCAUCGCGAAGAGGUUGUACGAAGACCCAAGCUCUGUCAGAGUCGGAAGUAGAUACUGGAUUUGGAUCGAGCAGUACGUGGCGGACGAGUACAGGCAAGCGAUGAUGAGAGGGAAUGGAGAGAGGGUUUUGGGACAUGGGGUUGAGAUCUGGGGAAAUCCAAGACGGAGUCAGGUCGUAGACCAAGCAGGCACAUCUCGUGAUGACGAAUAG